ACUAAUACCAAUUCCUCUGUUCUUCCCAGAAAUGGUCGCUGGACUAAAUGGGCCAAAGGAACCUAACAGUAUUGACUGAAUUCAUUCUCAUUGGAGUCACACGGAACUCUGAGCUGCAUUUUGUCCUUUUUGGAAUCUUCCUUAUUAUCUACUUGAUCACAGUGUUUGCAAACAUGGGUCUGAUCUUCUUGACCAAGGCAGACUCCCGCCUAAACACACCCAUGUAUUUUUUCAUCAGACACCUGGCCUUCAUUGAUCUUGGUAAUUGUACUGUCAUUUAUCCCAAGAUGCUAGUAAAUCUUGUUGAUCAUAAAAAUUCCAUAUCCUAUUAUGAAUGUGUCAUACAAAUGGCUUUUUAUAUUCUAUUUAUUAUCAGUGAACUCUUCAUUCUGUCAGCCAUGGCCUAUGACCGCUAUGUGGCCAUCUGCAACCCUCUACUCUACAAUGUCAUCAUGUCCCCAAGACUUUGCCAUACACUUGUGGGAAUUCCCUAUCUCUACAGUACCUUUCAGUCUCUGAUGAUCACCAGUAAGAUUUUUACCUCGACUUUCUGUGACUCUAAUGUCAUUAGUCAUUUCUAUUGUGACAAUGCUCCAAUCCUACCUUUGCUCUGUUCAAAUAAACGAGAAGUAGAAUUGUUGAUGAUAGCAACUUCAGCAAUUAAUUUAAUGUCCUCGCUCCUGGGCCUGCUUGGAUCCUAUAUAUUUAUUCUGAUGUCCCUAUUUCGAAUGAAUUCUGCUGAGGGCAGGAGAAAAGCUUUCUCCACAUGUGGCUCUCAUCUGACAGUGGUGACUGUGUUCUAUGGGACUCUACUCUUUAUGUAUCUGCAGCCUAAAUCCGCACAUUCAUUUGAAACGGACACAAUGGUCUCAGUGUUCUACACAUUAAUCAUCCCCAUGUUCAAUCCCUUCAUUUACAGUUUAAGAAACAGAGAAGUGAAAAAUGCUUUCAACAGGCUCUUUAAAAAUCAAUGCAAACUUUGUAUUUGA